UGGCAGGCCAUCUCUCUGACUGUGAUUGAGAAGGUACAGAUUGCAGCCAUUAUCCUCGGCUCUCUGUUCCUCAUCGCAAGUAUUUCCUGGUUGGUUUGGUCCUCUCUCAGCCCCUCAGCCAAAUGGCAACGGCAGGACCUUCUCUUCCAGAUAUGCUACGGCAUGUACGGCUUCAUGGACAUAGUUUGCAUAGGUCUUAUAAUCCACGAAGGAUCAUCUGUCUACCGGAUCUUUAAGCGCUGGCAGGCGGUGAACCAGAAGUGGAAAGUGCUGAAUUAUGACAAAGCAAAGGACUUAGGGGACCCCAUCAGUUCCAGCAGCAAAAGCACUGUUCGAGUAGAGAGGAACUCUUCUCACACUGUCACAGACAGCAGCCGGAGGGCAAACCGCCAUAUCAGGACUAUUCUCAACCACCACUGUGGCUACACUGUUUUACAUUUCCUCAGCCAGCUAAGACCCAACAACUUGCACAGCAGCAACCAUGAGGUGGUCAUGAGAGUGACCACCGUAUGAAGCUGACUAAAGUGCUGUAAUGUUUAAGGAGGAGAAAAGUGUUGAUUGGGGUUUAAUUAAAUAAAAUCCCAAUCUGCCAUAUAAACACUGCCGUGAACUUCCACUUUCAUAUUUCCUUCUCAGAUUCUGCUGAAGUUAAGGAUGAGUAUUACCUAUUUUGUGAGAAACUUGAAGUUUUUAUUUGAGACUUUAAAUGUGAAGCCUGUGAAUUGAGGAAAAAAAACAGAUUUUGAACAGAUUCUUUCUUAAAGCAAGUAACCAUUUUUAACACUAUGACUAAGGUUUCAAAAUGUAACCAAACAAGUUUGUUUUACUUAGAAAAGAAAAAAAAAAGUUUGAUUUGGAUUUGUUUUUAAGGUUGAUUUGGAUUUGACAACGUAAGGGAGAUUUUGAUGGUGAUAAUGAUUGUGCUUCUACGUAUGACCACUGUAGCAGUUCCCCUUCUAAUGUUUCUGUGUAUUUCUGAGGGUUUGCCAUGAUCUUGGUAACUUGUGCUGUUUUCACUUAAAGUUGAACUGAUGGAUAAGUCAAGAAAAUGCCCAAUAAAACUU